AACUUUAAAAAACAAAACACACUAAUUGAUAUCUUUAACAAUGUCUCUGGCCAUUAAAGUCUUCCUCCUUUUCCUGUUAGUUGAAUCAUCGAUCGCACUAUAUAGGCCAGAUCCCAAUGAAAAACAAAAAAAAUAUCUAGAUCAAUCGGAGAUUGAUUAUAUCAGGAUUUUGAGAGAGACAGUUCGAGGAUGGCAACAAGAAGCAGACAAGAAAUACGGUAUAUACUCACUUUCCACAUCUACCAAUUACAUGAACCGAUCAUUAUUCCUACAAGAUAAAGUUCGAGGUUAUGUUCAGCUUUGGGGCGAGUGGAAGAAUCAUCAGGGAUAUCCAUACGGUGACUUGCGGAACAAGGUUCACGGUAACUUGUGGCCAAUGCAGUAUGAUUAUUGUCGUCAAUAUGAGGGUACAAAUCUCUUGACGUAUCUUAUGUAUGGCCUUAGUGCAGAAGCUGACAUGGUUUAAUUCCUCAGUUUUUUUUUUUUUUUCUAUUUCGGAAUUGUUUUUAUUUUCCGUUCGUUCAUGCCUAGGAUUUCUGGUUUUAUUCUUGGGUAGGACUUUUUUUCUUCUGUUUAAACAAUUUUGUUUUGAAUUUGUAUUUCUAAGGAAGAUUAUAUCAGAAACAAGUGCUACAUGGAC